AUGGAUGGGUACGUGGCUGCAGGGCUCGAAAGUUUACAGAGACAACAAGACCAAGCAAAGAGCAAAAGUUUUACCGACCAGCAGAAACCCGAUGCAGGAUCAACUUCUCCUCCACCUAUCAAACCACUUCACGAGCUUGAAAUCAGCAAGAACCCAUUCCUCAAUUCAGGAGAUGCAGAAGGCUGGAUCACAAUCGCUGGACAUCUCGUGUAUCUAAGUUGGAGCAAAUACAUCUCCAUCCCAGCUGGGAAAACAUACAAAGAGAGCAUGGAGAAAUUGGUGGCCGAAGCAGCCCUGAUGCAGAAGCAGACGCAGGUAGAGAUUCGUAGUGAUGUACAUAAACGCUCGAACGUGGGGACCAAGGAGUUUCCACAGUGGAUACAGCACGAUCGUCACAUUACUGUGUACUUCCCGAAAUCGCAGCGCAAAGCACAUAUCUAUGUAGGACCUCAUGGGGAAAGAAAUGUGAAAAACAUCAAGAUCUGGAGAAGAGAGGAGAAGCCAAAGAUUGUGCUUUGUUGA